AAUCCAAGAGUCUCCCUACCCUGUCUAGUGCCCCUGAGCAAGGCACCUUACUCCCCCAACAUCUGCUCCCCGAGCACCGUACAUGGUCGCUCACUGCUCUGUGUGUCCUGCACCAUAUGGGUCAAAAGCAGAAGUUAAAUUUCCCUACCUGCAUGAGUGUUCCUUUGCAUGUCUGUGCAUGUGUUUGGGACGAAUAAAUGCAUCUGCAUCUUAAUCUUAAUUAACAAAUCCUGAAAUUGUUUCUUUCGAUAUUUGAAGAUGGAAAUGAACUAAACUGUCCCUAAACCAUCCUCAAAUGAAAAGAUUGCUCAGCUUGAGUCCAGUGAAUGAAUGAUCUCAGCAACAUUUAAGAUGCAAAUAAAUUCAGAGGAGAAACAUCGACGAAGAGUUUAUCCCUCUCCAAAUUAACACUAUGUGCUCGAACAAGUUGAGUCGUGUCUGCCACCCACAAGCUUUUUUUCACCUGCUGCCCACCUACAUCAACAAUAGUGAAGCAGAGCCCGGGAUAAACACAAAUACAAACAGACACAACAGAGUGCACAUGGUGGCCACGCUCCUCGGAUUAACUGUUAUCCUCCCUGAUGAAACCUGUUGUCCUUACCCUGGGGCGCUGUCUCUGCAUUCGACACAAUGUGAACACGGUGCCGAAAUAGUAGGAAGCCUUUCUGCCACUCACUCUGAGAUAAAGCGACAGAUUUUUGGGGGGUUGUGGGCUUAAUAGGCAGAGUUAAGGGGUGCUUCUCCCCUCCAGGUCACACUGCAUAAGAUCUGGACAAAAACGCCCCCCCCCUAAAAAAAAAAAAAAGCUCCUGCAAGGCAAAGAUGUGUAGUGAACAUAUUGUGUUUUCCAAGUUGCUUUAGCAUUGACUUGCGGGCACACACAAGCAAAACAAAGCAGAGCAAUUGGUCUGAGACAAUUCAAGUGUUCACUUUGCUUUCCCAUUUGCUUCCACAACACAAUCCCGUAAUCAGGGAGAGGGACGGCGAGAUGGCAAGAAGAGAGGAGGGGAUCGGGUUUCUCAGCUGCGCUGUACCCUAAUCCUGGAUUUGGGAGCGGGAUGAGAAGAACGCAGUCCCAAGUGACUGAAGAGGACUUGACUCCAGGUGGUGCAAGGAGGCGUGAACAAGACGAGGCCAAAGAAGACGAGACGCAGCCUAAACUCAGACGGCCCAGGUUACAGAGGACAAGACUUGAAAAGACAAAGGACAAGCAACAGCAGUGAUGGGAGGCAACUAAAGCUGGAGAAGACAAAGCCAGACAAGAAGUCAGUCAAUCAAGCUUCAGCUUACCAUUGGGAUCAGAGCAGAGAAGAAUGGCGUGUCAGGCCUUUAACACAGACUCUUUCACGCAGCUGUCAGGAGACUCAGUUUUACCGAUCCUCAUGCACCAUGCAUCCGCCAGUGACUGCCUGCCAUCCACGUCCCACGCACACAGCAUGGUUUCUGCAGUGUCAUCUGGACUUUCACUGGGUCAGAGCUCCAAGCGCUCACACAUGCAUCUGUCCGCCUCCUCCCUCGGCAACGCACUGGGUAACAGCCCCCCGAGCCUUCAUUACCCAGUCGCCCCCUGUCACUACAGCAACCAGCAGGCCACCUAUGGCAUGAUGACAGCUCAGGAGAUGCUCUCUGCCAGUAUCUCUCAGACUUGUAUCCUGCAGACAUGUGGAGUCCCUCACCCUAACAUGGUGGGCGGCGCAAACCCACUGCAAGGGUCUCUUACUCCUUGCUUGUACAAGUUUCCAGAUCAUGGUCUGAGCAGCGGCUCUUGCGCAUUAAGCCACGGUUUCUCUUCGCUGCCCUCGGCUAUACUCUCGACUGAUGAGGCCCCAGGGGGCCCCACUCUCGGAGAGAUGAAAACCGAUGCCCAGAGGAAGAGCAUGCGGGACCCCGACGAUACCCCCGCCAUGGACUCCCCGCAGAUACGAGAGCUGGAGAUGUUUGCCAAUGACUUCAAGAUACGGAGAAUCAAGCUGGGCUAUACCCAGACUAAUGUAGGCGAGGCGCUCGCUGCUGUGCACGGCUCCGAGUUCAGCCAGACCACGAUCUGCCGCUUUGAAAAUUUGCAGCUGAGCUUUAAGAACGCCUGCAAACUCAAGGCCAUUCUGUCCAAAUGGCUGAAUGAAGCGGAGCUGGCCGGCGCCUUGUACAACGACAAAAUAGGGAUGAACGAGCGAAAGAGAAAACGGAGAACAACUAUCAGGUAUCUAAUCCUGGGAGCUAAGGAGGCUCUGGAGCACAGCUUCGGGGAGAAAAGCAAACCGUCCUCUCAGGAAAUAGCGCGGAUCGCCAAAGGCCUCCACCUGGAGAAGGAGGUGGUCCGGGUGUGGUUCUGCAACCGGCGCCAGCGGGAGAAACGGGUGAAAACGAGCCUGAACCUCAGCAACUGCUUGUCCAAGAUCAGCCCAAACUGCCUCUCACAGAUGAGUAAAGCACAGAGGCCGAUGACGUAGUUUGGUGUUGGGAUGGCGAGCGAGUGUUCCACUGAUGGCCGGUGUGCGACGAUACUUCCCGGGGGGGAGGGUGAAGUUCACUCAACAGCGAUCAGAAAGGUCUUAUAAUAGAAACUGCACAGUAAGCAGCUGCUGACACUUGAAACUGUUUCACUGAUUUGACAUCCAGAUGAGGAAUCAUACCCGGUGAGGCGGACAAAUUCUAAACACAAAACGCUCCAACACAACAUUGCUAUAAACCCACAAAUCAACAUCAUCGGAGAAUGUCUGAGCUUGUAACAACAUCCUUUAUUACAAUUACCUUAAUGCCAUUUAAAGUUGUUUCCCUUCUUUAUUACGAGAACAGAAUAGUUUUUCGAGAGCCUAUUUUACAAUCCAUAUUUCAAUGCAGUAUGAAGGUCACUUAAAGGACAAAAAAACAAAGCAAAUUUGAGAAUAAGGUCUUAAAAUUGCAAGAAUGUAAUUUGUUAUCUUAUUAGAAUAAAGUUGUAAUUUCAGGAAAGUUCAUUUGCAAGAGGAAUAUCAGAGGAUUUCUAGAAAAAACGUUUCUUGUAAUAUUACAACUUCACUCUUCUGAUAUAGAUGUGCUGAUAAAUUUGUAACUUUAUUCUUGUAAUUGAUGGUCUUUUUUUAUAUUAUGGCUUUUCUCACUGCCUAGUAAUAGUAUGACCUUAUUCUCAAAAUCGAUCUUUUUUCUUUAUCAUUACCUCAGUACCCUGUCGUACUUUCCCUCUUUAUUACUGGAACAGUCCUUUUUCUGAACCUUUUUCCAGUCCUGACUUUCAAACCCACUGAACCUUGACUGUGCCUUGUUUUCAACGUUAAUACAGAAACUCUAAUAACCACACAGACCAAACAUUAUUAACCAGCAUCAGAUUGCAGAUCCAUCAAUCUCUGUGAUUGAUCAGCCCGGUGCCUUUUCUAAAACACAGACGUCAACAAUCCUGUGCUUGAACCUUAGAAGUAAAAACAUAAUGAUGAUGAUGUACAUGCUUGUGCUGUAGUUUUGUGUGUUUGUGUGUUUCUUUGUGAUUACAGCCGACGACUUUGUCUUCUUUAAUUAUCUGUCACUGUCUUAUGAUAAAUGUUUGACGAUUUAUUUAAAAAUGAACGUAGCCAUAGUCAGAAAAGUAAUAUAUGUCAACUUUCACAACAACCUAUUUAUUUGAGAUCUAAUAUAUCACGUUGAUCCACUUACGACCUCUUUGAUUUAUGCUCUGAGGUCUAAAAGACUGCGGUGGAACUUUUUUGACAUUUUUGUCAACUAAUGAAUCCGAGGUGUCCCCGUUUCCCUGCUGUGUGACAUACUCAAUAUCCGGUUUUUAGUUCCCGCCGCCAUGACGGAGUGUCAGGCCGAGAGGAGCGGCUGCCUGUCGCCACUCCAAACCGGUCGGGAUGACUAAUGUGAAACUUCUGAGACUCAGGUAGCAUUGAUCGGUGUCUGGAGGAGACCUGAGGAACGGAACUAAGCGUCGCGUAGGAAAUGACAGAUGGAUAUUAAGGAACCUUUAUUCAUCUGAAUUGAGAAUAUAAAUACGCUAAAAGUAUGUUAAAUGUGCAGUUGUUUGAAGUUUGAUUGUCUCUGGGCCCCCAGACACUGAAAAGUAUAUCAGCUCAACUCCUAUCUGCCAAACAAUAAACUCAGUUUUAUGAUGAAC